AUGACGACUCAUACGAACUCCGCAGAGGCUUCCAUUCAUGUGUUCCCAAAGCAUCACCUGAAUCCGAUCGAUAGGAAGAUCUACUCCGGGUUCACAGAGCACAUGGGAAGAUGUAUAUACGGUGGUAUCUACGACCCUGACAAUCCAAAUAAGGACAUCAUUACCGCCAAGGGGUUUCGAAAGGACGUUAUUAACGCCCUUAAACCUCUCAACAUCCCUGUCUUUCGUUACCCAGGCGGCAACUUUUGCGCAACAUAUCACUGGGAAGAUGGCGUAGGACCUCGUGAGAAAAGGCGAAAGCGCCCCGAUCUCGCGUGGGGAGCAGUUGAACCUAAUUCCUUUGGUACAGAUGAGUUCAUGGAGUGGUGUGACGAACUUGGUGCUGAGCCGUACCUUUGUCUGAACUUCGGUACUGGUACAUUAGACGAAGCAAUGGCCUGGGUCGAGUAUUGCAAUGGUGUUGAAGACACACAUUAUGCCAACUUGCGUCGCCAGAAUGGACACCCUGAACCCUAUAAUGUGAAGUACUGGGCGCUAGGCAAUGAAUGCUGGGGAGACUGGCAGGUGGAGCAAAUGACGGAUCAAGCGUACGCCGAAAGGGCGCUACAGUGGGCAAAAGCUUUGAAGUAUCUCGACCCCAACAUCGAACUGAUCCUCUGCGGCCGCGAAGGUCCAACGAAGUGGGACUACACUGUCCUCAAGCAUUGCGUCCGCGCCCGAGGAAAGGACCCCAUUGGCCAGCCUCGCGCAGCUCUCAUAGACAUGCACAGCAUUCAUCUUUACACGGCGGCUGAAAACCACUAUGAGAAUGUCUACGCCCCACUUACAGCCGAACGUGCCAUUGAAGUCGCAUCCGCUCUGAUCGACCUAACAUACUAUGAGGACAAGAUACCAGCCACGCAAAAGCGACCCAAGAUCUGUUUCGACGAAUGGAAUGUUUGGUGGUCUAAACGUGCGCCGGGAUGGCUGGGCGCGGAAGAAAGAUAUACCCUGAGUGAUGCCUUAGCUGUUGCUGUCUGGCUCAAUGUCUUCGUUCGCAAAAGCGCAGAUGUGGAAAUGGCAAAUAUCGCUCAAAGUGUGAAUGUCAUUUCACCACUGAUGACUACUGAAACCGGCAUUGUCAAACAAACCUCUUGGUAUCCCUACGAGCUCUUUUGUCGGUACAUGUCUGGUUCACUUAUCGCGGUGCACCUUGCCUGCGAAGAAUACGAUGGGCCAACGAAAGUCGAGUUUACGCGCGCGACAAAGAAGACACCUUGGCUAGAUGUCAGUGCAACGUCUGAUGGCGAGUGGGUUAAUCUAGCGGUUGUCAACGUUCACCAGGACAGAGAUUUUGCAACAAGCGUUGAAGGUGUAAAGGGGGAAGUUACUGUCUUUACUGUAACCGGUGAAAACGUAGAUGUAACAAACAUGGAUGGGGGAAAGGAGCAGGUGGGAAUCACGCAGAGUACGUGGACUGGCAGUGGAAAGUUCACUUUCAAAAAGCACAGUUUUACACUGCUACGAUGGAGAGUCUAG